GACCCCUUCUAUCUGAUUCCGCGUCGUUCCGGCGCUGUGGAGGUACGAAAAGGCACCCGCGCGCCGCCGGAGAAGGCGAGGCUUCGGCAGUGUUGCCUUCUAUUGUUCCCUUCAUCGUUGCUUCUUACCAAUCGAUACCACACCCAUGGCGAGAUGUGCUUGGGGUUUAGGAGAAGUCCCUCCCCUCUGCGAUUUAUGCCGUCUGACAGACUUGAGAGGCCUCCCUUGCCUCACCUUCAUUCCUGCCUCAAAGAUUAGAGUGAGCCGGUUCGUGCAGUGCUCCAAAAGAGAUCCGUCGUUAAAAUUGAUGAAGGCCAGCAAAAGGGAGCACCAUUUGUGGAUGAAGAGAGAUUCAACUGGAUCUGGACAAAAAGCUCUCAAUCUUGUCCGUACUGUUGAGAAACUUCCUAAUGAGAAAGAAGUCAUUUAUGGUGCAUUGGACAAGUGGACUGCUUGGGAAACUGAAUUCCCUGUUAUUGCUGCAGCAAAAGCAUUGGAAAUUCUGCGAAAACAAAGGAAGUGGCUCCGAAUAAUUCAGGUUACCAAAUGGAUGUUAAGCAAAGGCCAAGUACUUACAAUGGGAACAUAUGACACAUUACUUCUGGCAUUUGAUAUGGAUGGAAGGGUGGAUGAAGCUGAAUCCUUUUGGAAUGUCAUUCUACAAACUCAUACUCGUUCAGUAUCCAAAAAGUUGUUUUCAAGGAUUAUUGCUUUGUAUGACCAUCAUCACCACCCUGAGAAGAUUUUGGAGGUUUUCGCGGACAUGGAGGAAUUAGGAGUGACUCCUGAUGAAGAUACUGUUACGAGGAUAGGAAGAGCAUUUACGAUAUUGGGCCAAGCGGACAAACCGGAUCUGUUAUUAAAAAAAUACAAGAACAAAUGGAAGUACCUCCACUUCAAUGGUGAACGUGUUAAAGUUCAUGCAACAAAACAUUGUGCCGAGCAAUCAAAGUCAUGCAAAGAAUUUAAAACCAACAGUACCCCAAGAUAAACAUGGCAAAUUGCAGAUUGGUGAACCCGAUGUCAGUAUGGGGUUAAUUGCCCAACAGCUUGGAAGUUGAGGGUUGAUUGGAGGCUUUAAGCAUACAAAUACAGAUUAUAAAUCUGCAUUUCUUGUCUUGUAAUCCUAUGAUUGAUGGAUGCCAAUGUUCGACAACAAGAUACUCCUCUAGGAAUUGUGAUGACAAAUUUAUGAUGUAUCUUCUGACUUGAUGAAGGCCUUAAAUCACCGGUAUUGUCUCCUCCAUCGAACAAUAAGUUUGUACCAGUAGAUGGACUGUAUGAAAUUUCAAACCUGAAAGGUCCUAAGUCAUUGUGAAUUCUACAGUUGCUGUCGGCAAAAUCUAUGUUCUAUGAUAUACUCGUUUCACUUGA